AACUUGAAUUAGCUGAAGGUGAUAUUACACAAAAAGGUUUUGAAAAGAAACGUGUGAAAUUACUUGCACCUUAUCAACAACAAUUAAUAGAAAGUCCAAUCGGCAGCACUACUACUAAUAAUAAAAAUAAUAAUAAUAAUAAUAAUCAUCAACACCAUGACAAAUCUUCAAAUCGUCAAUCAAAAAUUCAAUGUCGACGUCAAAAACGUGAUGGUUAUAAUCGAUAUCAUUCAGAUGUUCGUCAAGAAGCAGUUAAACAAGCAUUAGAACAAUUUGGAGCUCGUCCUAUUCCAUCAUCAAAACGUAUUAUUAGUUCUUUAGCAAAACAUGAAUCUUCUGAUGAUGGUGAAGAUGAUGAUGGAGAAAGUAGUUCAACAUAUGCAACAACAAAUGAUGAUCAACAAAAUAAAGAAUCAUCUAUUUCACCUAUUCCUAGUAUUCCAGUACAAAAUCAUCAUUAUCAAAAUCCUCUAACUGUUGAAGCAAUUAUUAAACAUAUACAACCACCACCACCGCCGCCAACAUCAUCAACAUUUUUAUCUGAUUUUAUUCAUCGUAGUCAAGAACCAUCGUUAUCAAAUAUUGAAUGUGAUCUAACACGAAGUGCAGGCGCACGCUAUCGUGAUUCAAAUUCGGAUUAUGUUAAUACAAGUCAACAACAUUAUGUUUUAUAUGGUGAUCGAAAUGCACCUGUUGAUUCACCAAUAUCAUUUGUGAAUUCAAUCAAUCAUAAUAACGAAGAACGAAAACCAAGCUUACGUGUUUCAUCAAAAAUUCUUGCUCUUGUUAAUACAUUAAAACGUCCAAAACGUAAACCAAUACGAGAAUAUUAUGAAGAUAAUGAAGAAGAAUUAGCUAUUGCACCUAUUGAUCCUCUUUCUCCAAGAGCAGAAGGUGGAAUAUCCGUUCCAUCAUGUGGUGAACAAUUAGUUGUAUCAUCACAAUGGCCAAAAACAUUUCUAGCUGCAUUACAACAGCAUGCAAUUCAACAGCCUCGUUCUAAUGCUAUUACAAUACUUGAUGAACAAACAAAACCUGCGCAAUCACUCACAUUUCUUAAAUUAUUAACACGUUCACAAAAAAUAGCUUAUAAUCUACUUCAUAAAGUUCAUUCACAUGGUAAUACUGGAAGUAAUUCACGAGAAAAUUUACUUAAACCAGGCGAUCGUGUUGCUCUUGUUUAUUCAAGUAAUGAUCCAAUUAAUUUUAUUUGUGCAUUUUAUGGAUGUUUACUUGCUGGUAUUGUUCCGUUACCCAUUGAUGUACCAUUAGCACGACGAGAUUGGCUUUCACAACGAAUUGGUAUACUUCUUGGUCAAUUAUCUAUAAAAGUAGCAUUAACAUCUGAUUCAUGUUAUCGUCAAUUACCAAAAGUUCAACAACAUACACAAACAUCAUCAUCAACAAAUUUAAAUGAAAUUGUUUCAUUUAAAGGUUGGCCUAAUUUAAUCUGGUUUAUAACUGAACAUUUAACAAAACCACCAAAAGAUUGGAUUAUAAAUGAUUUACCACGUUCAUCCUAUGAAACUACACCAGCAUAUAUUGAGUAUACAUCUGUUAAAGAUGGUAGUAUUGUUGGUGUUACAAUAAAUUAUGAACAAUUAUUUGUACAUACACAAACACUUGUGAAUGCAUGUAAAUAUUCAUCAACAGAUAUAUGCUUAUGUUGUGUAGAUUAUAAACGUCAAAUUGGUUUAUGGCAUACAAUACAUGCAAAUAUAUUAUCAGGUAUGCAAGUUAUAUUUAUUCCUACAUCAAUUCUUAAAUCUCAACCAUCAUCAUGGUUAUUAUCAAUAUCAAAAUAUCAUAUAACAACAGCUAUUGUACGUUCACGUGAUAUGCAUUGGGCUGUAUUAGCUUUACGUGAAAUGACAAAUAUAUCAACAACAAUAAAUUUAUCAUCAUUACGUUUAUUAUUAAUAAGUGAUGGUUCAAAUCCAUGGUCAUUAACAGCUGUUGAUACAUUUCUAUCAACAUUUGUAUCUCGUGGUCUUCGAUCUGAUUGUUGUUGUCCUUGUUCCUAUUCAUCUGAAACAUUAA